GAGGUGUCGCGCGCUGAGGCGGUUCCGGUGUGGGAGCGGCCGGGGCUGGGGGGGCUGAGGCGGGGUCGGGCCCGGCCGAGGCCAUGCUGUGCACGGCGCUGGUCAUGGCCGGCAGCCUGGCGCUCACCACGGCCGUGGUGGCCCACGCCUACUACCUGAAGCACCAGUUCUACCCCACCGUGGUGUACCUCACCAAAUCCAGCCCCAGCAUGGCCGUGCUGUACAUCCAGGCCUUCGUGCUGGUGUUCCUGCUGGGCAAGUUCAUGGGCAAGGUUUUCUUCGGGCAGCUGCGCGCGGCCGAGAUGGAGCACCUCCUGGAGCGCUCGUGGUACGCGGUGACCGAGACCUGCCUGGCCUUCACCGUCUUCAGGGACGACUUCAGCCCGCGCUUCGUCGCCCUCUUCACCCUCCUCCUCUUCCUCAAGUGCUUCCACUGGCUGGCCGAGGACCGUGUGGAUUUUAUGGAGAGGAGCCCCAACAUCUCGUGGCUCUUCCACUUCCGAAUCGUCUCCCUGAUGUUCCUGCUGGGAAUCCUGGACUUCCUCUUCGUCAGCCACGCCUACCACAGCAUCCUGACCCGCGGCGCCUCCGUCCAGCUGGUCUUCGGCUUCGAGUACGCCAUCCUGAUGACCAUGGUGCUGACCAUCUUCAUCAAGUACGUGCUGCACUCCAUCGACCUGCAGAACGAGAACCCCUGGGACAACAAGGCCGUGUUCAUGCUCUACACCGAGCUCUUCACCGGCCUCAUCAAGGUGCUGCUCUACAUGGCCUUCAUGACCAUCAUGAUCAAGGUGCACACCUUCCCGCUCUUCGCCAUCCGCCCCAUGUACCUGGCUAUGAGGUGA